CACAAAUGCUACAACAGCACAGGGGUGGAUUACCGCGGCACAGUGAGCGUCACCAAAUCUGGACGGCAGUGCCAGCCGUGGAAUUCGCAAUACCCGCACACUCACACGUUCAACGCCCUGCGUUACCCUGAACUGACCGGGGGUCAUUCGUACUGCAGAAACCCCGGCAACCAGAAGGAGGCUCCGUGGUGCUUCACGUUGGACGAAAACAUGAAACACGAAAUUUGCGACAUUCCGGCCUGCGACUCCAAAGAUUCCAAAGAAAAGAACAAAAUGGAGAUACUUUACAUCUUGGUCCCCAGUGUCACCAUCCCGCUGGCCAUCGCUUUGCUUUUCUUCUUCAUCUGUAUCUGCCGGAAUAACCAGAAGGCGUCGUCCCCAGCAGUGCCGCGGCAGCCCAAACACGUCCGAGGACAGAAUGUCGAGAUGUCCAUGCUGAAUGCUUACAAGCCAAAGCAGACCAAAGCAAAAGAGCUCCCCUUGUCUGCAGUGAGGUUUAUGGAA